CAACUCCACAGAGAAAACGAAACUUGGGCUGUUCAUUGUCACAUGCCCCCAUCAGAAUCUCUCUAUCAGGCAACAAAACCCUGUCUCCAGCAAAUACAUAUAAAUACAGCCAUCUCGAUCUUUGUUAUAUACACGCUCAUAUGCAUAUAUAUCAUCCCUUCUGUCAUAAUUACUUCGAAUCUGUACAUCUUCGAUUUUCUAUCUAUACGAAAUUUUCAGUUUCCGUUUCAAAUAAGAAAAACAGAGCACAUAACCUAGAGAACAUUUCCAGACUCCUCUUACCAGGCAGAAUCUGAUCGAAGCAAUCAUUUACCGCUAUAACUCUGUAUUUAACUCGAUUCUGUUCCUUAUCUAUCAAGGUCUUCUUCUUGGUUUCUUUCUGUUUGUUGAACUCUCUCUCUCUUUCUUGAUCUGAGUCUUCUUUUGCCUGUUAUAUAGAGAGCUCUUUUUCUUAUCUGCGUACGAUUAAAUCUUGCUAGUUUACUGACUAUGAGGAAGAGGGAGAGGGAAAACCCUUGUGCCGUUUGUGGGCACUAUCACAAGUACGAAGAAGGAGAGGUUUGCGGGAUUUGCGGCCACCGGAUUCCGGCUAGCUCCGAGAAAAGCUCUCCCCAUGUCAGUGCGUUCCCUUCGGAGAUCUUGCCCGAGUUCCUCUAUCUGGGAAGCUACGAUAACGCGUCCCGGUCUGAACUUCUCAAGACUCAAGGAAUUUCUCGUGUUCUCAAUACUGUUCCUUCUUGUCAAAACCUCUACAAGAAUUCAUUUACCUAUCACUGCCUUAAAGAUGACAAAACUUUACAGUUUGAUGAUGCUGUUGAAUUUCUAGAGCAAUGCGAGAGGGACAGGGCACGUGUUCUUGUGCACUGCAUGUCAGGAAAAAAUAGGUCACCAGCUAUUGUGAUAGCUUUCUUGAUGAAGAGUAGACGAUGGAGGCUUACACACAGUUACCAAUGGGUGAAAGAAAGGAGAUCAUCUGUUGACUUGAAUCCUGCUGUCUACAAACAGUUGCAGGAAUAUGAACAGAAGCUCUUUGGAUCAAUUGAUAAUACCAACCCUGCCCUGCCUGUCUUACCAUCAGGAGUUGCUGCAUCCUUCAGCUUUGGUUUUCCUAGGGUCAAUAAUCCGGCACCUGCCCCUACUUUCAAUAGCGUUGGUGGUACCUCCAUAUUUGCGCGCCCUCUAGUGGACAUUCCUCAAGAGUUCACGUUUGGAGCCAGCCAGAUAAGGGAUAAUAGUAUUAUCAACAGCCAAUUUGGCAGCAACUUAUCAAACCCAAAUGGAAGUGAUUCUCCCAUGGAUGGCUCUUGAAUCACAAAACUUCUCUUUUGUAUCAUCAACCAUCAGCCAGAAGUUUCAUGCACCCUGAUUCUGUUGAGUCCCUCUGUAAAACUUGGCUGUGAAGUGGAAGUAAAUGAUCAAAACUCUUUGGUUUGUUGGAAUUGACGUGGCAGGAUAUCCCCUUUGGGGACCAUGUCACAGGAAAUGCACAUUCUCUUGCUCAUUCCUUGAUCGCAUACAAGUUCAUCUUUUUCUACAGAUCUUUCGUCAAUAAUGUAUUCCUCGAUUUGGUUGUGGCAUGCUCCAUAUUAGCAUAAAUUGUACUCAUGCUGCAUUUCAUGUCGUGCUCUUUACAUAGAAUAACAAUUUGCCAAUCCAA